AUGUCUCUCGAGGAGCGCAAGUCUGAGGAGCGCCUCAUUCGCGCAGGCAAAGCCAAGAUCGAUAUUCGACUGAUUCUUGAAAAACCUUUCAAACUUGGCGAAGGCCGGAACUCGGAAGUGUACCUAGGCGCGUACCGCGACCUGUUACACGACUACGGGGAGCCAGCAAUGUUGGUGCACUGCCCAGGACAGCCUCCAGGAUUUGUGUCUUGGGAGCUGUGCGCUGUCAAACGCGUACAAGCUGACCGCGAGUCACAACUCGCCGGCUUGGAGGAAGCUUUUGCUCUUCGCCACUUGGGACACCAUCCACACAUAGUCCGACUUAUCACUGUACUGGACGAAAUGGGAAUUCGGCAAGAUCAGCCGUCUGACUUUCUGCGAAUUCACAAAGAUGAUCCUCCACGUCUGCUCAUUAUUCUUGAGUAUUUACCAUUCUCCCUUGCGCAAUAUGUGCGUAUGCACCCUUUUUCCGUCGACCUGCGCCAAUGGCUCGAGUGGGCUACGCAGUUGACCAGCACUAUCGACUGGCUGCAUACUCGUGGCUGUGUACACGGUGAUAUUAAGAAGGAGAACGUGCUUUUAUCUCACGACUUAUCCGUGAAGUUAUGUGACUUCUCGUCUGUUCUGUUCUCCAAUGCGGCCGUGCCUGCGACGGACGUUUAUUCAGUCGGUACACCUGCAUUCCGUGCGCCUGAACUAUUUUCUCUGUCGUCAUGGUCCCCGUCAGAAGAGCAUGGCUGUGCUCAUCCGGCACUCUCUUUCACACUGGACAUUUUCAGUCUUGGCGUGCUUCUGUAUUCGCUCGCUUCCGGCGUCGAUCCAAGUCAUCGUGUGAAAAGUGUGAUCGCUAUGCGGCAGCGGCAAAACCAUUUUUUCAUCAGUGAAGAAGAUGAUCGCAUGGAACGAAUGUCUUUCCAAGAAAGUUUGCCUUCAUCACGAUCCACAGACAUUCAUCGGUCCCUUGCAAGUCCCUCCGGCAGGUCAUCAGCAGCAUCAGAUGUCAGCUCAUCUCAUUUCAUGAUCAAUGAAUCGGUCCUCGAUCGUCUCCUCGACCCAUUGCCGCUUCCCCACGGCAUUAUAUCACAGCCGUCUUCAGCGACUUCUUCGCUAUCAGUCCCGAUGAUGACUCGCGCCAUUUCGUACUCGGGUACGCCGAAGCAGGAUUCUAGCUCAUUGAAUCGUUGCGUUUCGUUAUCAGCAACAUCUGGCGCAGAUCGAUCCUCCCGUCGCUCCGUCUCGUUGUCGAAACGCGCAGAAAUAGCCGGUCGCCCUCGCCCCACGUCUCUUGGACAUGGGCUUCCAGCUGAUACAUCCGCAACGUGUAACCCUUUAGAUGCCACGGACAUGAGAGGUACUCCGAUGAUGCCUUCGCCGCAAGUACAUAUUGACACUGGUAAUGAUGUUGAUCAUUCAUGUGCGUCGGAGCCGAUUGACACUCGUCCUUACUCUGACGGCGCUCCAGCCCUCAUUUUACCAGGCGGAGACCGUUUUCCUGACAAGCUACGUGAUCUAGUACGAGUGAUGGUGUCUCCGAAUCCUGAGGAUCGUCCAUCAGCAUCUCAAGUCCUUGCAACACUUAACAAUUAUCACAUGGUAUGA